CCCGGGGUCGCCUCCCCGCGGGUUCUGUCGGCCGUGGCGGCAGCUGAAGCUGUGGCGGCGGUGGCCGCGGGGUGGGCGUAAUAUGGCGACAGCGGCGGCGGGAGCCCUGGGCCUGCUGUGGGGCUGGCUGUGGAGCGAGCGCUUCUGGUUGCCCCAAAACGUGAGCUGGGCCGACCUCGAGGGGCCAGGCGACGGCUACGGCUACCCGCGGGCCCGGCACAUCCUCUCGGUGUUCCCGCUGGCGGCGGGCGUGUUCUCCGUGAGGCAGCUCUUCGAGCGGUUUAUUGCCAAACCCUGUGCACUCCAUGUUGGCAUCCAGGACAGUGGUCCUUAUCAGGCCCAACCUAAUGCCAUCCUUGAAAAGGUGUUCAUAUCUGUUACCAAGUAUCCUGAUGAGAAAAGGCUGGAGGGCCUGUCAAAGCAACUGGACUGGGAUGUCCGAAAAAUCCAGUGCUGGUUUCGCCAUCGGAGGAAUCAGGACAAGCCCCCAACGCUCACUAAAUUCUGUGAAAGCAUGUGGAGAUUCACUUUUUAUUUAUGUAUAUUCUGCUAUGGAGUUAGAUUUCUCUGGUCGUCGCCUUGGUUCUGGGACACCCGACAAUGCUGGCACAGUUACCCUUAUCAGCCUCUCACAAAUGGGCUUUAUUACUAUUAUAUCAUGGAAUUGGCUUUCUAUUGGUCUCUUAUGUUUUCUCAGUUUACAGACAUUAAAAGAAAGGACUUCCUGAUCAUGUUUGUGCAUCACUUGGCCACCAUUGGGCUCAUUACCUUCUCCUACAUCAACAACAUGGUUCGAGUGGGAACUCUGGUCAUGUGUCUACAUGAUGCCUCAGACUUCUUGCUGGAGGCAGCCAAGCUGGCCAACUAUGCCAAGUAUCAGCGUCUCUGUGACACCCUUUUUGUGAUCUUCAGUGCUAUUUUUGUGGUGACUCGUCUAGGAAUCUAUCCAUUCUGGAUUCUGAACACGACCCUCUUUGAGAGUUGGGAGAUGAUCGGGCCCUAUCCCUCCUGGUGGCUCUUCAAUGGCCUUCUCCUGAUCCUACAGGUUCUGCAUAUCAUCUGGUCCUAUCUAAUUGCACGAAUUGCUUUCAAAGCCUUGAUCCGAGGAAAGGUAUCUAAGGAUGAUCGCAGUGAUGUGGAGAGCAGCUCAGAAGAAGAAGAUAUGACCAGUAGCACAAAAGGCCCCUGUGGCCGCAGCUCCAGCAAUGGUGCCGGUCGGGUGAAUGGUCACAUGGGAGGCAGCUACUGGCUGAAGAGUAAGGUGGUUGGUAUGGGGACUUCAGCAUAGAUGGACUUGUAGGGCUGCUGGCAACCUACUCCUCUGGGCCUCCCCGCAUCUGCACUCUUGUGACUAAGGGGUGUGCAGGGCACUGAGGAGAAUCAAGCAAAUAUUUUCACUUUUUUAAAAAAACUCUGCCAUUUUGUAUUUAAUAGCCUCCAGGUUCUUUCAGUAAUGUUAUUUGCUCUGUGUGUGCGCGUGCUUGUGUGCAUAUGUGCGCACAUGUGCAUAUGCAUUUGUGCAUAUGGGUGAGUUUCGUUGUCUAGGUUGGGGCACAAGCCUGGUCCCCUUUGAACCCACCUCAAUCCCAGAUUUGGCUGCAUCUUGAAUUGUGCUGGCUCCAGAGAGUCCCCUCCCUUGUUGCCCAUGGCUCUUGAAGCUCUGGCCAUCUGAACGGAGCGGCUAAGUUCAGCUCCAGGUUUCUGCAGUGUUCUUCCUUUGGAGAUGGUAUAUCUCACAUGACGUUAUAUAGAAACAGACAACCAUGAAUGGAUGGCCAGGAUUGCUGCGGCCCCUAGCUAGGUCCCCUUCCUGCCACCUGGUAGUGAUGGACAGCUGCUGAUAGAUACCCUGCUC